CUACAGAAUAAGAUGCUGUGUUCUGUUCAUGGACUUAUCAAGGACCUUGUUGAAACUUUGAAGGUCCAUCAGAGAUUGCAGAAAUCUAGCGCUGAAUACUUACUCAAACUUAUAGAACAUCUAGGACAACAUUCGCUUUCUGCUGGAGAACUGAAACUUCUUAUAAGAUUUCUCAUCACGCAGGAUGAAGAUGAUGAAGAGGAGGAAGCAGUACAGUUCCCUUACAAAUCCCAUAUUAUCCAUAUUCUCUCAAGUAUGGCCAAAGGUAAAUAUUUUGUUCCCGAGUGCAAAAGUAACUCUUAUUCAUGUGUGAGUUUACCAAUUUAA